ACUUGGAAACAUUGGCACAAUGCCUCUUUGCCAUUGUGCAGUGAAACACAGUGAAUCAGACAUGGAGGGGUGCCGUUUUUCACCUGCUGGAGGGCUGAGGGUAUAUCUCCACUGGAAGGGUGAGGAAGAGGAACAGUACCAGACUUACAUGCAGGGGACUCUUUGUGCUGAAGAGAUCUGCAUUGAUAUUGCACAGAAGAUUGGGAUUACACCCAUCUGCUACAGUUUAUUUGCACUCUAUGAUCCACAGGCCAAACUAUGGUUGCCUCCCAAUCAUGUGUUUGAAGUCGAUAAUGGCAUCAAGUUGACCCUGCAGUUUCGGAUGAGGUAUUAUUUUCGAAACUGGCAUGGGACGAAUGACAAGGAGCCAGCUGUCUAUCGCAGCAUUCCUCGUUCAAAUGACUCAGAUGAUAAGCCACAGAAGGGCGAGCAAGGCAAUGCCCUACUGGAUAAAUCAUCAUUCCAGUAUCUCUUUGAGCAAGGGAAAUAUGACUUCAUUAACGAUGUUGCCUCUCUAAAAGACCUACGCACUGAACAGGAGAUUCACCAGUUUAAAAACGAGAGCCUGGGGAUGGCUGUCCUCCAUCUCUGUGACAUUGCUCUCAAAAGAGGCAUCUCCCUUGAAGAAGUGGCAGAGAAAACCAGUUUCAAGGAGUGCAUCCCACGUUCCUUCUGCCGGCAGAUUCAGCAGAGCAAUUACCUGACUCGGUUCCGUACAAGAAGUGUUUUCAAGAAGUUUUUGCAGCACUUCCAGCGGCAUACAGUUAGCACCGGCAAGCUGACAGAGGAGGACGUUAUGCAAAAGUACCUGGCGACCUUGGAGAACCUGGCCCCACGUUUUGGGAAUGACCUGUUCAUGGUCCUCUCACUGGAAACCGUUUCAGAGGGUGAGAAGGUGCCUCUUUACAUCAAUGGAGGGCACACACAUCUGGAGAACUCCAAUGCCUCCCCUGCCAGCGACAGGCCUGCCACCCAUGAGGUCUUGGUCACAGGCACUGAUGGCAUUAAGUGGCGGCCCAUCUCUGCUGAGAGAUUGCAAAGCCAUCUCCACAGAGGUUAUUUAGGUAAGAAGGCCAGGAUGAAGGACCAUAAAGCCAAGUGGCCCUAUCAACCAGUGGAACAAUGUGAACCUAAAUGGGUACACUUUUGUGACUUCCAGGAGAUCACACACAUCGUUGUCAAAGACUGCAAAGUCAUCAUUCACCGUCAAGACAAUAAGUGCCUGGAUCUGUCUCUUUCAUCCCAUGAGGAUGCCCUCUCCUUGGUUUCACUGGUAGAUGGCUACUUCCGAUUGACAGCUGAUUCUAGCCAUUAUCUGUGUCAUGACGUAGCCCCACCGCGACUGGUUAUGAGCAUCCAGAAUGGCAUUCAUGGACCCAUGCAGGAAGAGUUCAUUUUGGCUAAACUGAAGAGGGAGGAGCAGGAGGAUGGGCUGUACAUCCUCCGCUGGAGUGUCCUUGACUUCAAUAGACUGAUCUUGUCCGUACUGAGGCGAGGCCAGAACCUCUGGAUACAAGAUGCCACAAGCUACAGGCAGUUCCGGAUCAAGAAAAAGGAAAAAUCCUUUGUCCUUGAAGGCUGGGAGCAAGAGUUCUCUAGUGUCCAAGAACUGAUGAAUGCUCUCAAAGGCUGCACACUAAGAUCUGAAAAUGAGACCUUCAUUUUGAAGAAGUGUUGUCUCCCAAAGCCAGGAGAAGUCUCUAACUUGCUGAUCACACGAAAAAUGAAGGACAGCACUCGACCAAUUUUGAAUUUGACCCAGCUGAGCUUCCAUCAGAUCCGAAAGAAUGAGAUCACUCAGAGAGCCCACUUGGGACAAGGGACGCGCACCAAUAUUUAUGAUGGUGUGCUGCAUGUGUGUGGAGGGGCCAGUGGUGACGACGAGACGGAGUACUUUUCCACUGAGCAGAACAACAACAGCCGUGAGAUGCACGUAGUGCUCAAGAUGCUGGACCCUAGCCACAGGGACAUUGCCCUGGCAUUUUUUGAAACAGCCAGCCUGAUGAGCCAGGUCUCCCACAUCCAUUUGGCCUUUGUUCAUGGGGUUUGUGUACGGGGCUCGGAGAAUAUCAUGGUGGAAGAAUACAUUGAGCAUGGCCCCCUGGACUUCUUCUUGAGGAAAAACAAAGGGCGGAUAACGGUGGGCUGGAAAUUCACUGUUGCUGCACAGUUAGCUAGUGCCUUGAGUUACUUGGAAGGCAAAAACCUGGUGCAUGGUAACGUAUGUGCUAAGAACAUCCUGUUGGCCAGGAAAGGCUUGGAUGACGGCUUGCUGCCCUUCAUUAAGCUCAGCGACCCUGGAGUCAGCUUCACAGUGCUCUCUCGAGAAGAGCGAGUUGACAGGAUCCCAUGGAUUGCUCCAGAGUGUGUCAAAGAUGUAAGCAACCUGAGUACAGCAGCUGACAAGUGGAGCUUUGGUACUACACUACUGGAGAUAUGCUUUGAUGCGGACAUGCCACUAAAAGAACGUACCCCUUCUGAGAAAGAGCGUUUCUAUGAAAAAAAACAUCACCUUCCAGAGCCAUCUUUCAAAGAACUAGCUACGUUAAUCAGCCAGUGCCUGAACUAUGCUCCUGAGGAGCGGCCGUCCUUCCGGACCAUCUUGCGAGAUCUUACUCAACUGCAGCCACAUAACCCCCUUGACAUCUCCUCCGUGAACCCUGAAUUUCCUGUAUCUGACCCUACUGUCUUUCAGAAGCGCUACCUGAAGAAGAUCCGGGAUCUGGGUGAGGGUCACUUUGGCAAAGUGAGCCUGUACUGCUAUGAUCCCACCAAUGAUGGCACUGGUGAGAUGGUUGCAGUGAAGUCACUGAAAUCAGGCUGCAGCCAGCAGCUGCUGACCAGCUGGAAAAAGGAAAUUGAGAUCCUGAAGACGCUUUACCAUGAGAACAUUGUCAAAUACAAGGGCUGCUGCAGUGAGCAAGGGGAAAAGGUGGUACAGCUUAUCAUGGAGUAUGUGCCUUUGGGGAGUCUGAGGGAUUAUCUACCCAAGCACAAUGUCAGCCUGGCUCACAUUCUCCUCUUUGCUCAACAGAUCUGUGAGGGUAUGGCUUAUCUCCACUCCUUGCGGUACAUUCACAGGGAUCUGGCAGCCAGAAACGUACUCCUGGAGAAUGAGAAUGUUGUGAAGAUUGGAGACUUCGGUCUUGCCAAGGCCAUCCCUGAAGGCCAUGAGUAUUAUCGUGUCUGUGAAGAUGGGGACAGCCCUGUGUUUUGGUAUGCUGUGGAGUGUCUGAAGGAAUGUAAAUUCUACUAUGCCUCUGAUGUCUGGUCCUUUGGGGUUACUUUAUAUGAACUCUUGACAUGCUGUGAUUCUAGUCAGAGCCCUCCAGUGAAAUUCAUCGAGAUGAUUGGAGCAACUCAGGGUCAGAUGACAGUGCUAAGGCUUAUAGAGCUGUUGGAUAGAGGGAAAAGGCUGCCCAGCCCAAAGGACUGUCCUUGUGAGAUUUACCGCUUGAUGAAAAACUGUUGGGAAUCAGAAGCUUCAUUUCGACCAGCCUUCACAAACCUCGUGCCCAUCCUCAGAACCUUCCACGAAAAAUACAGGGCCCAGGCCCUCUCAGUUUUCAACAUGGGUUGAGCGGGUUGCAAAGAUCAUCAGUCAAAGGCCACACCCGUACCCGUAAUCUGUGUCCUGAUGCUGUCUCUGUGUGUCUGGAAUGCCACAGUGCCAUGGAAGCUGCUUCAAAAUAUCAGCCCGCCUUAGAACUCUUAACACCUACUGUGUCGUUGUUCAGAGCCAGUGCAGAGCGUCAAUUUUUUCUCCAUGCCAAAUGUGGCAGAGCUUGGGGGUGGGUGGGGGAAACACCCAGUUUCUCUGAGUUGAAGAAAGGCAGAGUUAUGAAACAAUGUAUAUCGCUGCAACAAACCCUGGCCUGAGGAAUCUGGAAAGCCAUGAGUAUGGGAUAUCACAAAUGCAGGAAAGUGAGUGAAAGGAUUGACUUCUUCACUGUAUUUUAAUGGACUGCUGGGCCUGCUGGUCUGCUGCAGACAGCUUGGAUUGAAAGGACACUGGAAAGGAGACCAAGAUCUUCAAGCGCAAUAAUCUGGCUUGCUAUAAUAAAUGUCUGUCUUGGAUGGUGUGUAGCAUGCAGAAUAUUUAGUGCUGCAUCUGCUUACUAAAUGGAAGAGGGGCAAUCUAGUCCUUUCCUUGCAACACCUUUCCAAGAAAAUGUGGUUUUUCUGAGACUUUUUUCAAAGCAAAUGCUUUGGACUCCCAAAGAUGCAUGACCUGGCUUUUGUUCCCAUUCACCUAGUUUUGAUGUAUUUCAGAGUUGCUGGGGCUCUUACAUCUCUUAGAUACCACCAUCUUCCACCUAUAGUAUAGACAUCUUUGCACUUUCUUUCUGGAGGAGGCCCUCUUCUACCCUCUAGAAGUCCAUUUGUGGAUCCAAAUACACCGUCAGCUGACUAGAGAGGUGAAUGUGUGAUCAAAUGUUGUAUCUCCAUAUAGAAGUCUUAGGUUUGCGCCUAAAGAACUAUUCUUGCAGUUCUCCUAUUUUUCCAGAAAUGCAUCCCCACUCAUGAGAACUCAACCAUUGUGCUUUCUGUAAACUUUCUGAGACCUCACCUUGCUUUCUAGAUAAUAUAAACAGACAUUUCUCUUUUGUUAUACCAAGAACCAUUCUCCAAACUAUCGUUGGUUUGGAACAAGCAGCCAGAAACCUCUCCAUCCCCACCCCUUGCUGUUGCCAACCAUAAACUUUAAAUUUGAAGUUGAGGGCAGAAAGGGGGCUACAGGCCUUAAAUCAUAUCACAGUUAGACAAGAAAUGCCUUUGGCCACUAACUUGGUUGCUACUGCCCAAUAAUCAAGCUUUAUGUAGCAAAGUAACAGUGGUCCCUGCUGGAAGCCCGCAUACUGGGGGGAAAACAGCUGCCUCAUACAUCUCAGAAGGACUGUGAUGUCUCUUAUCUGAUUUAGUUUUUUAAAAUGCCUUCUUGCUGUUUAAGCCAUAGCUAUUUUCAUUCCAAAUCUUCAGGACCAUUCUCCAUCCUCACCAAACCUACUUUAAGCAGUAUCAGAUCCAUUUUCAUAGAUGCAUUUCAGAUCAUUUGAAGUGAUACAGGCUCCAAAUUAUAUUUGUGAUCUGUAGGGUGCUGCAAAGCCAGUCUCCCAGUUGCCUUCAGUACAAAUUUGCCCCUUGCUAACUUGCAUUCUUGGGCUGUUGUCUAAUUGAGGACUGGGAAUGACUGUUUUUGCUGAACCUGAGACUGCAGAAUAUCACAAAGCCUGUCUCAGGCUGUUUCUACUUUGAGAGACAUUGUGGGGGGGCAGCUGUGGGCCUGCUUCUUGUGUGGGUCUCUGAAUCAUUAAAGAACACCAUAAGAAUUAAGUAUUUCAAAUGUUUUAAAUCUCCUUUCUGAGAGAAUGGAAGGAGAAAUAAAUACUGCUUUUACUGUAAAAGCCAGUCAUAUGCUAGGACUUAUGAAAGAACUUGAUGCCACUGCUUAUCCCUGAAUAUUUUCCUAGCAUUCCAGUUCACCAAAGGCUAGAAACAAUCCCUAUUCUGAUUCUAGGUGGCCACUUGGUUGAGGUUUACCACUUGAAGGCAGGUGAUGAAGAGGAAGGGAAUGUACUUCUUCACUCAGCGCAUAAAUUAUGGAAUUCACUACCAUGAGUUGUAGUGAUGGCCACCAAUUUGGGUGUCUUUAAAAGGGGGUUGGAUAAAUUCUUGGAGGAGAAGGCUAUCAUUGGCUACUAGCCCUGAUGGUUAUGUGCUACCUCCAGUAUCUGAGGCAGUAAGCCUAUGUGCACCAGUUGCUGGGGAACAUGGGUGAGAGGGUGCUGUUGCACUAUGUCCUGCUUUGUUGGUCCCUGGUCGACAGCUGGUUGGCCACAGUGUGAACAGAGUGGUGACUAGAUGGACCCUUGGUCUGAUCCAGCAUGGCACUUCUGAUGUUCUAAUGCAUGAGAAGCCACAAGUCCCCUUGGGUUUAAUAUCUAUUUUUAUCCAGGCUAAGACUCUUGGCUGAUGUCCAUUUUGAUGCACAGCUCUGAAUACCAAAUGUCCAGAAUUGGAGUGGGUGCAGGGUGUAUUAAAAUGCUUAGUACUGAGCAUUUAUUCUCUGGGGCUUUGAUCACCUAAAUGCCUACUAAAUAAGUUGAGAACAAAUAUAGAUGUGCAUAUUUUUUGUACUUUUGAUUUUUAGAAAAGGCAGCUGGCAACCUUAAUAUCAUUCUAGACAUACUGACAUAAAACUUUGGUAGACCUAUCUUGACUACCCUCAGUCACCCAAAAGGGUUUGGCAGCAUAUUGCACUGGACUUCCCGAUUCUUUUAGCUCAAAGGCCAAAUGCAUGUCAGAAUAGUUCAAAGUGGGGAGCACUGAAUUUUUCUGGAAUAGGGGUUGAGGCAUGGGUAAACCCACCCAAAUGUACCUGUCAUGAUCUUGUACAAGGAAGGUAAGAGCCAUUUAAUUUUUGUCCUCUCCAACUCCUAGCAGACAUAGAUGAGGAGGAUCUCUAGAGAAUUGUGAAAUUAGUUCUGUGAGCCUAAGGCAGCUGUGUAGCACAUUCCUAUGCAUGCUUACUUGGAAGUAAAUCUUACUGGGUGUCCAUGGAUAGUAGGAUAUGUUUUGGUUGAACAAUAUUCUUCCUUCCCCCUCCCCCACAGUGCAUGGCAAACAGCUUUUGCUGUUGGAAAGAUUUUAAAAAGCAAUUUGCAAUAUAUUGUGGGGUUAGCUGUUUUAAUAUUGCACUGUGCUAACAGCUCCUUGAAUCCUGACCCUGAUAUUUUUUUAAAGUGUUUAUAGCAUGAAGAUGAGGAGAUUAUCACUUGGACUAUAAUUCUAUAAAGACCUGCAGCGUUUUUGUUUUUUUCCAAGUCUAUGGGACCACUUAGCAUAAAAGUGGUGUUAAUUAAUCACUUUUAUUUUGAAGGACUGCAUGCACAGCUAUUGAUAAACUUGUGUUAUUGGCCUUAAAACUACUCUUAUCUUCCCCUCCCCUGUACAUUUUGUUUGUUUGUUUUUUGGGUAGAUUUGCACCCUGAGCCUGCACUACUAGCGCUGUCUCUGGAGUGUGGAACAAUGCCACCUGUCUUAGCUGAAAAGUUAUCUUUGGCCUACAAAGCUAAACCGGAAAACUUCACAGCAUUGUGCCUUUUGCAUCUGGAACUGCACUGAAGAUUUGAGGCAAGGACUCCUCCCUCCACAGAAGCAUGGACAACCUUCAACUCAGCCUCCCUUGCUUUUUCUGUGUCCAAAGCUGCUGUACUUCUGCGUGUGCGUGUGUGGAGAGAGUGCACAGAGAGUUCUCUAUUGGAAACCUUGCUCUAAUGUGAAUAUACUCUAUGCUAGUUGAGCUAGCAGCAGCUAGACUAAUCAACUACAUGUAAUGUCUUUUAAAUUUUCUUCAAAUAAACAUCAUGUAACUUUUAA